AUGAAAAUUAUACUAGUUAUCUUUGCAUGCUUGCUUCUGCUCUUGAGCUCUUGCUCCCCCGCGGCGGUGAAGGGCAAAUAUUACUCCAAGAGCCACACAGUUCCUGUUCCACUUACCCAUAAAAAAACCAAUCUCCAUUUCUUCAUGCACGACAUCAUUUCAGGCAACAACCCUUCGUCCGUCCUCGUGGCAGCACCAAAAGGAGUAGUUGUCCAAGAAGGCAACGUAGGCCCGUUUGGAGCAGUUUACGUGUUUGAUGACCUGCUCACGGUGGGACCCGACCUAAAUUCAGAGGUUAUUGGUACUGGACGUGGGUUUUACGCUUCAGUAAGUCGUCAAGUACCAGCGGAGUGGACCUUGCUGUUCAAUGCCGAUUUGGAGUUUACGAGUGGGGAGUUCAAUGGGAGUUCCAUAUGCCUGUUUUCAAGAGAUCUUAUGGUGAUCGAAACGAAAGAGCUUUCCAUAGUUGGUGGCCGGGGCAGGUUUAGGAUGGCAAAUGGGUUUAUUAUCGCUAACGUUAAUUUCUUUAAUGCUACAAAUGGUGAUGCCAUUCUUGAAUUUCAUGUCACCGUUUUUCACCAAUGA